AUGAAGCAGGUCAUUAGCAGGCUCGGAGCCAAGUUUGGGCGGCCGCAGAAGGAACUGGAUGAGCUGGUGGAGCGCCUCACGCAGAAUUGGAUCACGCAUCUCUCGCAUUGGAAGGCCCUGCCGCAAGCCCAGCGAGAGCAGUUCAAGCUCCCACUACUUCUGCUGCACGAAUUGGCCCACAUCAUCGGAGCAGAAGAGGACGCCGAGGCGAUGGCGGUGUCGCCUUCAACCAAGCGAUCGCGAACGGAGAAGGUGGACAAGAAGGGGAAAGACAUCGAUGUUGAAGCGCCAGUGAAGAGGGCCAAAAUGCAUGCAGCGAGCGAGGCACUGCCGGAGGUCAUCCUCAACCCCAAGUAUGCACCGGGCGAGGCGUCGAUGGCCGAGGUGAAGGCCACCUUCGAUAAGACCAUCGGCGAUCCCUUCCCGCACGCUCUGCUUCGUGACGUCUUCGAUGAGCGCUUCCUCGAGGGUCUCAAGGAGGAGGUGAUGGAGCUUCACUACCUCCAGAAGUCGAACGACCUCUACGACUUCCUCCAGAGCAAUGACCUCAAGGGGUGCACUUUGCCGCACGUCAGCAAGUUGAAGGACCUCCUCUACAGCGCAGACUUCCGCACUUGGCUGCAAGGCAUCACGGGCAUUGAGGAAUUGAACGACACGAUCGACAUGUCGUGCGCGAGGUACAUCGACGGCUCCACUCUUCUGUGCCACGACGACGAGCUCGAAGGCAGGCGCAUUGCCUACAUUCUCUACUUGGUGCCCAAGGACUGGAAGGAGGAGGACGGAGGCACGCUGGACCUGUUUGGCGUGGACGAGCACAACGAACCGAACAGUAUCGUGGCCUCCUACACUCCCGCCUGGAAUUCUCUUUUCUUCUUCGAGGUCAACCCGGUGUCCUACCAUCAGGUGGCCGAGGUGCUGUCUGCCGACAAGGAGCGACUGUCGAUCAGCGGCUGGUUCCACGGCCCGCCGAUCACGCGUCCGCCGCACUACCAGGAACCGCCGCUUCCCGAGACCGAGCCCAUCCCCACGCAGCAGGUGGUGACGGUCUCCAGUUCAUCUUCGGCCGCGUCGGAAGAGGCGCUCGCCGCCCAGCUGCUGGCCGAGUGGCUCGACCCGAUUUACCUCGACCCCAAGAACGUGAAGGGCAUCGCCGCCGAAUUCGAGGAGGAGCAGAGCAUCGAGCUGCACAACUUCCUCAACGCCGACAAGUUCGUGCAGCUGGUGGAAGUGCUGCACGACCAGCCGUGGGACAUCUACGGACCGGCCAACAAGCGGCACUACCAGAUACUGCCUGACGGCAAGGAGGCACGCAUCCUUCCCUGGAACGACAUCGUCAAACAGUGCAAGCGCUUCCUCCACUCGCAAGCCUUCUUCGACUACUUGAAGAAACUCACCCAGGCUGAUCUCAUCAAGUGCAGCAGCCAAAUCCGUUGCUUCCGGCCAGGCGCCUACACGCUCGUCCACGAUCAAGCCACCGAGGAGAUGGCGCUCGACGUCACCCUCUGCUGUGCCACCAACAACAUUCCCCUGGAGAGCGGUGGCCAAUUGAUCUACAUGGACUCAGACACGGAGCUGCUGACCGUGCCGUGCAACCCCAACUCGCUGGCGCUCACCUUCAGGGAUCCCGGCACGAUGCGUUUCAUCAAGUACAUGAACCACCACUGCCACGAUAUCAGAUACGACUUCUCUCUCAUCUUCAAGGAGGAGAAGAGCGAUGAAGAUGAUGACGGCAACGCUGAAGCAGAUGACAACGCCGCCAACAGCGACGAAGAGGAAGCUGAUGAGUGA